AUGGUGAUCACCAGAACAAAAGGACAGGCAUUUGGGUUUGUAAAGGAUAGCAUCAAAGCUAGACUAAACAGUUGGAAGAACAAGUUCUUAAGUACAGCAGGCAAGGAGGUGCUGUUGAAAGCAGUUACUAUGGCCAUGCCAACUUACACUGUGUCAUGUUUCAAGCUACCAAUUAAGCUAUGCAAGGAAAUCGCAAGCCUGAUGGCCAAAUGCUGGUGGGGUGAAUAUGAAGGGAAAGAUAAGGUGCACUGGUGUUCUUGGACAAAAAUGAUGAAAGCAAAAAUGGAGGGAGGACUGGGAUUCAGGAACCUGCAAUGCUUCAACAAAGCACUACUGGGAAAACAGAUUUGGAGACUGAUAAGAUACCCAAACCUCCUGGUUAGCAGAAUACUGAAAGCUAAAUACUACCCCAAGAACUCCAUACUACACUGUGAGUCCCCCAAAAACUCAUCCUGA